CACACUAAACUCAAAAUGUCUUGCCCGGAGCAAUGGAGAAACGACGAGGAAAUUAAAAUAUUCCAGGAGUAUUUACGUAUACCCACGCAGCACCCAGAUAUCGACUACACUGAGUGCGUUGAGUUCCUGAAGCGGCAGGCUGGCAACCUGAACCUACCAGUGGAUGUGAUCCAUCCCGGGAUGCCAUCGAAGCCGGUGGUGAUUAUGAAGUGGCUGGGAAAGUGUCCCGAACUGCCAUCAAUUGUUCUGAACUCGCACAUGGACGUGGUGCCCGUGUUCCCAGAGAAGUGGACCCACGACCCCUUUGCUGCGCACAUGGACAACGAGGGAAGGAUUUACGCACGUGGGGCACAGGACAUGAAGUCCGUGGCCUGCCAGUAUCUGGCUGCCAUUCGGUCUCUAAAAUCCAGUGGCUAUCAACCGAAGAGAACGGUGUUUUUGACAUUUGUGCCCGACGAGGAAACCGGCGGCGACAUGGGCAUGGCCGAACUUGUGAAGGGCGAUUACUUCACGAAAAUGAAUGUGGGCUUCAGCCUGGACGAGGGCAUCGCCAGUGAAGAUGACUCUUAUCCUGUCUUCUAUGCAGAGCGAACAUGCUGGCAUCUCCGAUUAAAGUUCAGUGGCACUUCGGGUCACGGAUCGCUGCUGCUCAAAAGCACGGCUGGCGAAAAGUUUCACUAUGUGAUGGACAAGAUAAUGAAGUUCCGGGAGACCCAGGUUCAGCUACUGGCUAACGACUCCUCCUUGGAUUUGGGUGAUGCCACCACUUUGAAUCUGACCAUGCUCGAUGGAGGGAAGCAGAGCAAUGUGGUGCCUCCGUUGCUGGAAGCAGUUUUCGAUAUUCGCAUAGCCAUCAAGCAGGAUUUGGCUGAGCUCGAGCAGUUGAUUCGCAACUGGUGUGAUGAGGUUGGUGGCGGAGUGGAGCUGGACUUCAUCCUAAAAUGUCCUUUCGUGGAGCCCACCAAAGUAGACGACUCCAAUCCCUACUGGUUGGCUUUCAAGACAGCCAUGGAUGAACUCAACCUGAAAGUCCAUCCUCGAGUUUUUCCUGCUGCCACCGAUAGCUGCUUCAUCCGGGCGAUUGGCAUUCCGGCGCUGGGGUUUUCCCCCAUUAAAAACACGCCAGUGCUGCUGCACAAUCAUGAUGAGUACUUGAGGGCCGAUACCUAUCUGCACGGAAUUCAGGUCUACAAAAAACUGAUUCCGGCACUAGCUGAUUCAUAAAAAGUUUACCCCAAACUAUACGCUGGUUAAAAAUGGAAAUCAAUAUGAUUCGAUUGGUCUUAUCUUUUAUGAGUAAUGUUUGAAGUCGAUGAGUGUGAGGCCGAAAUUAAAUGCUCAAAGGCUUUAAAAUCAUAUCUGCUACAAUAUCAAAUAAAAGACAAGCACUGAAAAUAAAAAUUUCUGUGUAGCUGAAAUCUAGUGGACUUUGCCCUCAAAA